UUCCCUCUGGUUUGAAUAAGUCAAGCCCAGGGCUAGGUUGGCCGUGAUUGGCCAGGACUAGGAAAAUGCAGUAAAGAUGCAAACACAAGCAAAUAUAAUCCAGAGUCUGUGCAGCCAUUAGGCUGAGCUGGCCGGACCUGGAGGCUGCUGCUUGGUGUAGCUGUUCAGGAUCGCUGCUGUUUCCUCACGAAAAAGUGGAAGACAGGAGAAGUCCUGGAAAGACAAGCACCAUGUCUCUGAGCAGUGCCUUCAGGGCUGUGGGCAACGACCCUGGGAUCAUCACCUGGAGGAUUGAGAAAAUGGAGCUGGCAUUGGUGCCCCUGAGUGCCCACGGCAACUUCUAUGAGGGUGACUGCUACAUCGUCCUCUCGACACGGCAGGUGGGGAGUCUCCUCUCCCAGAACAUCCACUUCUGGAUCGGGAAAGACUCCUCCCAGGAUGAGCAGAGCUGUGCAGCCAUCUAUACCACACAGCUAGAUGACUACCUGGGAGGCAGCCCUGUGCAGCACCGAGAGGUCCAGUACCACGAGUCUGACACCUUCCGUGGCUACUUCAAGCAGGGCAUCAUCUAUAAAAAGGGGGGUGUGGCCUCUGGGAUGAAGCAUGUGGAGACCAACACCUACAGCAUGAAGCGGCUGCUACACGUAAAGGGCAAGAGAAACAUCAGGGCCACUGAGGUGGAAAUGAGCUGGGACAGUUUUAACCGAGGAGAUGUCUUUUUGCUGGACCUCGGGAAGUUCAUCAUCCAGUGGAAUGGCCCAGAGAGCAACAGUGGGGAGCGCCUGAAGGCGAUGCUUCUGGCAAAGGAUAUUCGAGACAGAGAGCGAGGGGGCCGUGCUGAAAUAGGAGUGAUUGAGGGGGACGAGGAGGCAGCCAGCCCGGAGCUGAUGACGGUCCUUCAGGACACCCUUGGCCGACGCUCUAUCAUCAAGCCUGCAGUCCCUGAUGAAAUCAUAGAUCAGCAGCAAAAGUCAAAUAUCACAUUGUAUCAGGUCUCAGACUCAGCAGGGCAUCUGGCAGUCACAGAGGUAUCCACGAGGCCUCUGGUCCAGGACUUACUGAACCAUGACGACUGCUACAUCCUGGACCAAGGUGGAGCCAAGAUAUAUGUGUGGAAAGGAAAAGGAGCCACCAAGGUUGAGAAACAGGCAGCCAUGUCUAAAGCCCUGGGCUUCAUCAAAAUGAAGGGCUACCGCAGCAGCACCAACGUGGAGACUGUCAGUGAUGGUGCUGAGUCAGCCAUGUUCAAGCAGCUGUUCCAGAAGUGGUCGGUGAAGGACCAGACCACGGGCCUGGGAAAAAUAUUCAGCAUUGGUAAAAUUGCCAAAGUUUUCCAGGACAAGUUUGAUGUGACUGUGCUCCACACCCAGCCGGAGGUAGCUGCCCAGGAAAGGAUGGUGGAUGGUGGCAAUGGGAAAGUUGAGGUCUGGCGAAUUGAGAACCUGGAGCUGGUACCCGUGGAGCGUCAGUGGUAUGGCUUCUUCUAUGGGGGAGACUGCUAUUUGGUUCUCUAUACGUAUGAGGUGAAUGGGAGGCCACAUUACAUCUUGUACAUCUGGCAGGGCCGCCAUGCCUCGCAGGAUGAGCUAGCAGCCUCGGCAUACCAGGCAGUACAGCUGGAUCGGCAGUUUGAUGGAUCCCCUGUGCAGGUUCGAGUCAGCAUGGGGAAGGAGCCGCGCCACUUCAUGGCCAUCUUCCAAGGAAAGCUUGUGGUCUAUGAGGGGGGGACUUCUAGGAAGGGAAAUGCUGAGCCUGACCCUCCAGUAAGACUCUUCCAGAUUCAAGGAAAUGACAAAUUUAACACCAAAGCAGUGGAAGUUUCAGCCUUUGCCUCCUCCUUAAAUUCCAAUGAUGUCUUCUUGCUUCGAACCCAGGCAGAGCACUACCUGUGGUAUGGCAAGGGCUCCAGUGGGGAUGAGCGGGCCAUGGCGAAGCAGCUGGCCACAGUGCUCUGUGAUGGCACUGAGGAAACGGUGGCUGAAGGCCAGGAGUCAGCUGAGUUCUGGGACCUGCUGGGAGGAAAAACUCCCUAUGCCAGUGACAAAAGGCUACAGCAGGAAAUCCUAGAUGUCCAGUCCCGUCUCUUUGAAUGUUCCAAUAAGACCGGCCAGUUCGUUGUCACCGAGAUCACAGACUUCACCCAGGAUGACCUGAACCCAGGCGAUGUGAUGCUCCUGGAUACCUGGGACCAGGUGUUUUUGUGGAUUGGAGCUGAGGCCAAUGCCACAGAGAAGGAGAGGGCACUUGCUACUGCCCAGCAAUACCUGCAGACUCACCCCAGUGGCCGAGACCUUGACACACCCAUCCUGAUCAUCAAACAGGGGUUUGAGCCUCCCAACUUCACAGGCUGGUUCCUGGCCUGGGACCCUCACAUUUGGAGUGCAGGAAAAUCAUACGAACAGUUAAAGGAAGAGCUGGGAGAUGCUACUGCUAUCCUUCAAAUCACUGCUGACAUGAAGAAUGCCACCUUUUCCCUGAAUUCUAACGACAGUGAGCCAAAAUAUUACCCUAUAGAAGUUCUGUUAAAAAGUCAGACUCAGGGGCUGCCUGAGGAUGUGAAUCCUGCCAAAAAGGAGAAUCAUCUUUCUGAACGUGACUUUGUGUCUCUGUUUGGCAUCACAAGAGGAAAAUUUGCUGCUUUACCUGGCUGGAAACAGCUCCAACUGAAGAAAGAAAAGGGGCUUUUCUAGGCCAAGACCACAAGAGAGCAGAAAGUGUCAAUAUUGGAAAAGAAUUUACUAACUUCUACCUGGCAUUCAGCUAUUUAUCUAGAUAUGAGUCUGAAAAUCACAGCAUGUUCUCCAUUUUUUAUUCUUGCACUCCUUGGUUGUUACAUACCUACAACUAACCCCACCCCCUUUUUUUUUUGGCUUUUGUGGGCUUUUAGCUAAAGCCUAAGCACAAAAUUGCAUCAAUUUAGAGAAAUCAAAAGAAAGAGAACCAAAAUACUAAGCUUAAAAUAUUUAAUGCUAUGCCAGGACCUACACAUUUGCUUUAAAUUUUAAGAUCAAUAUUUCUAAAACCUACUUAACCCACAAAACACUGAAGUUAUUUGCAUACACAUAUACCCUAACAUCAGAAUCCAAUGCCCAGAUAUAUUAUGUGCCAGAGCAUUUUUAACUUUUCAAAUAAAGAUACUUGUAGGAGCAAAGUUCUUUUCAGUAGUUGGGGCUUGCGUGGUAAUGUUAUAUUGGGAGCAAAAUACUGAAGAAAUAAAACAGGCACUAUUGAGCUCUCUGGAUAACUGGAUCACUGUAAUUCCUAUUUCUGGCACAAGAAUGUCAAAAGUCUGCCCUAUAGCUGUCCAGGAAACCUCAGUACUCACUCUACCCACACCCUAUCAUCCAAAAGAGAAGUAGAGCCACGUGUUACUAAUUUCUGUAGAUACAACCAGAACUGGUAAGAAAAACACUGCAAAGUGCUUUAAAGGAUGCUAUAGGUAUGAACAGAUGAACCCACAUUUUCCAGAUAACUCUGGUUUGAAUCAACAAUUCCAAAGAAACCUACGUGGCAGAUGUAACUGGAAGAUUGCCCAAAGUGUCACAAAGCAAAAGCAGAACAACAGGCUUCUGUGUCACAGAAGUGAGAUAGAAUAAGGUGGGGAUUUCAGGGACACCAGAAUAAACCUAUGUUGAAGGAAACAGCAAUACCAUUGAUGACUGUUCUCCAGACAAUGUCAAUCAUUAUCAGUAAGACACAUUUGUUGCUUCCUAAAAUGCUGUCACAAGAAAGGCACAAAAAAGCUAAAGUUAGC